GUGACGCCGGCGGCGCGUCGCGCUCUGACGAGUUCCACGGAGCCGGCUGCUCCCGGGCCGCUGUCGCUCCGGCUGCGGCUGUGGCUGUCUCGGGGACCGCGCGGCGCGGGGCGGGCUCGGGGCGCGGGCCGGAGCCGAGGGCCGGGGCGCCGCGAUGGAACCCAGCGUGCUGGAAUGUGCCUGAAGAUGCCUUCCGGAGUUGUGGCCAGUUGUGACUCUGGAACAGAGGCCACGGAACAAGUGCUCUUGUUGCCAGAUGCCACCGAGAAUCCCACGGGCAUGAGAGAUCACUAUCGAACCAGUCUGGGUGAAGAGUUCCUGGUUCUUAGAAACUGUACACUGACGUUUCCCGCGAACUCUGCUCCUUUUCUCAUCAUGCCAGGCUGGCACCCAUGCGGCUCUACACGCUGUCCAAGCGCCACUUUGUCCUCGUGUUUGUCGUCUUCUUCGUCUGUUUUGGCCUGACUGUCUUCGUUGGGAUCAGAGGACCCAAAGUAAUCCAGACUUCUGCAGCCAAUUUUUCACUAAAUAAUAGUAAAAAGCUGAAGCCAAUUCAAAUCCUUUCAAAUCCGCUGUCUACCUAUAAUCAGCAGCUGUGGCUGACGUGUGUUGUGGAGCUGGAUCAGUCGAAAGAAACAUCAAUUCAGACAAGCUUCCUCAUGACUGUUAAAGUCGAUGGGGUAGCUCAAGAUGGAACCACCAUGUUCAUUCAUAACAAAGUUCACAAUCGGACAAGGACCCUCACCUGUGCAGGGAAGUGUGCAGAAAUUAUUGUGGCUCACCUCGGCUACUUGAACUACACGCAGUAUACCGUGAUUGUGGGAUUUGAACACCUGAAGCUACCCAUCAAGGAAAUGAACUUCACGUGGAAGACUUAUGACCCUGCAUUUUCCCAGCUGGAAAUUUGGUUCCGAUUCGUCUUCGUGGUGCUCACCUUCAUUGUCACUUGCCUGUUUGCACAUUCCCUCCGGAAGUUUUCCAUGCGAGACUGGGGGAUGGAGCAGAAGUGGAUGUCCAUUCUUUUGCCUCUGCUGCUGCUUUACAAUGAUCCAUUCUUCCCGCUCUCCUUUCUGGUGAACAGCUGGUUUCCAGGCAUGCUGGACGACCUCUUCCAGUCCGUGUUCCUCUGUGCCUUGCUGCUCUUCUGGCUGUGUGUGUAUCACGGGGUCCGCGUCCAGGGAGAAAGGAAGUGUUUGACUUUCUAUUUGCCUAAAUUCUUCAUUGUUGGACUAUUGUGGUUGGCUUCUGUCACAUUGGGAAUAUGGCAGACAGUUAAUGAAUUACAUGAUCCAAUGUACCAGUAUCGAGUUGACACAGGAAAUUUUCAGGGAAUGAAGAUUUUCUUCAUGGUCGUGGCGGCUGUGUAUGUUUUAUACCUUCUGUUCUUGAUAGUGCGGGCCUGUUCUGAGCUACGUCACAUGCCUUAUGUAGAUCUCAGGUUAAAAUUUUUGACUGCAUUGACUUUUGUAGUGCUCGUCAUUAGCAUCGUCAUCCUGUACUUGCGGUUUGGAGCGCAAGUACUGCAAGACAAUUUCGUAGCCGAACUGUCCACGCACUACCAGAACUCAGCUGAAUUCUUAUCUUUCUAUGGCCUGUUGAACUUUUACCUCUACACUCUGGCCUUCGUGUAUUCUCCAUCGAAGAACGCCCUGUACGAGUCCCAGCUGAAAGACAACCCUGCCUUCUCCAUGCUGAAUGACUCGGACGAUGACGUGAUCUACGGGAGUGACUAUGAAGAAAUGCCCCUGCAGAACGGCCAGGCCAUCCGGGCGCAGUACAAGGAGGCCUCCGAGAGCGACUGAGCCCCGGGCCGCUGGAGGCCCGACGCUUUGCCGAGGCGCUGCUUCCUGGCCUUCCCCGCUCCUGCUGGUGUUUGGGCUUGUCUCCUAAGCAGAGAUUUCCUGGUCCUCAUCUGUUUAUGUACUUUUGAAAGGAAAACGAAAACCAAGGAGAAAUUUAAACAUUGGGCCAAAUUUACUUAGAUUGGCUGCAUUUGAGAAGAGAGGUUCUGAUAAGUGUAAACAGCCAAAUCCUUUUUCAAAGAUUUCAGAUGAGAAAGAGUUCAUUUUUAGGAGGUAAUUAUUCCUGUUUUUAGUAGAGUUAUGUUUUGUUUUGUUUUGUUUUGUUUUGUUUCAAUAAUCUGCUGAUUCCGAGUCCACGGAAAGAAAGCCCUUAUGAAUGCGGUCAUCAGCAUGGUGGCCUUCUCCUCUUUCUUCCCUGCCCUGUGCCAGUUUCAGCCCUUUAAGCUCAAAGGGAAGCCUAUUUCCGUGCCUGUCUCACGAGGGCAGUCCUUCCCCAUCAAGUGCUCUGGGUAACCAAGUGUCCCAGGUGACAAGUAACUCCUGUCUCUGGUGUGAAAUGCCUGAGUAAUGGCUUAGGAAGUGGUGGGCGAGCAAGUUCUAGUCUUGCACCACCACCACCGGGCAGAGCUCGGGUCGUGGGGCUCAGAGGAGGACUGGCUGAGAUUUCUAAGGAAAGGGUAAGAUAACCGACGAGUGCCAGCUCCAGGGAAGAGGUCUUCCUGCCACAGUUUUCCAAGAGACUGUGUACACGCGUGUGCGUGUGAGCGGGUACGUGCAUGAAUGUGAACGGUUGUCACUGUGGCUGGGAAGAGAGGAUCCGCUGCAGUUCCUGUAAGCUGUCGUUUCUAUGACUCCUUUAGAGAGAACACCCCAUGGAAUAUUUUUUUGUGUGAAAGCUAAACAAAGGGUUGAUAGGGUUGAUAUAUCUUAGACUCUUUACUGUGAAAAAGUUUUUCAGUUUCACAUUUGAAGCCUGGAUAAAAGGAAGGAAAACAUUUUCGAUGACUCAUGGCAGCACAUCCCUGGGUAGAAGGUCACUUGCUGGGAAGCGUGCCCCGCCCUCCAGCGGCCAGGGAAGAGGAGCGCCUGCUCUCAGAGAGGAAGGUUGUCUCCAGCUGCUCAGUCUGUGGCAUCAUAGAAGGCCCUGGAGAGCUGCCAGUUCCUUUACGUCAAAGACUGCGUAUAAGUCCGCUAUAGAGAUCUCCUUUCCCUUUCCUCUGAAGUAACGUCUCUCUUGAACCAUUGACCUACGGUCACAGCUAAGCCCCUGAUGGACGGCGUCGGGGCAGACGCAGCGGGUAGGAGAGGUUUGUGCCGCUCCACAAGCAGGACCUGCGUUGUCUCCAUCUAUGCAUUAACUCUCAAUCGCUCAAAAUUGGAUUCCACUUUAGGUAAGGCUGGGCCCUUCUACAGGUUCACGAGAGACUUCAUUACGACUUCACAUCUUUCUGUUUAGUUUAAACUUUAGUGAUAAUGUACCUUUAAUACAGAUUCCAUUUGUUUUUAAAACCUUGUAAAUAUAAAAGUUUGAAUUAAAACAACUGUUAUUAUUGCAAGGGUAAUUCAAGUUUACAUGGUUUUUACAUUUUCAAUGGUGUGAUGACUUUUUUGAUUCUGUGUACUCCAAGGUACUGGAAAAGUUUUUCUUUUACCAAAUUUUUUCAACUUCUACUAAGUAUAAUUUAAUGUAAAUUGAUGAAAACUUGUGCUAAUUAAUGUAUUCUAAUAUGUGAUAUAGUUUACAAGUUAUAAUUAUUAAAUGUCCAUAAUUUGGAAUGCUGUUAUUUAUCAGUAAAUGUAAAUUAUUUGAGGCAUUUAGCCAUACACAUCAGAACUUUUUAACCUGUCUGUGUUCUGUAGUAUAAUUAUAUUAUAAACUGAUGACUGAUACCUUCAUACUUGAUUCUUCAUGGCAUCAAGUCACUGAAAUGAAAAUAUGGGAGUAUUUAUUUACUUUUUGUAGCUAAGUUGGAAACAAAAAAUGAUAAAAGGAAGUACAUAAGGGGAAAAUCAUUCUCGUUAAAUCCUGCAUUUUCAGUCUCCGUUGUGUCAUGUGUAUCAACAUAUUACAUACUCCAUGUAAAAAUUUGCUUAAAGUAUACAGCAUUUAGCAUGUAGUAUAUAUGCCGUAGGUAUUAGGUUGAAACACUAAAGUCUGCCAGAAACUUUAGACAGUAGCAAGAAAAUUGUUUUGUUUUUUCUUGGAGAGUAUCAGUUUUGCAAACUUCAGUUGUAAAUUCAAAGGGCUGACUUUAGUUCUUCCAUGGUAAUGGCUUGAAUAACAUCAUCUUUGGGAUAAUUUUUUACACUGGUCCAGUCUAGGGGAACCUGGAAGAUGACCGCACGUAUUCAGCUUCCCUAGGGAGAGCAUCAUUAUCCGUGUGGGUAAUAGGUCUGCUUGAUUUAUUAUUAAAUCAUUACAGCAGUGAAGUGAUGCAGUUUUCUCUCUCUUAAGCCCCAUUUGAAAGGCUAGAGAAGGGGAUAUAUAAAAUAUAUUCAAGGUUUGUAAGAUUGUUCCUGUACAUAAUAAGAUUGCAAUAAAAGCUUAGAGACAUUACGUAAACUACCAGCCCACUAAAUGGGCAGGUUACAAGACAACUGUCACCAGCCUCAAGCAUUCCAUGAACUACUUACUGAAGGUGCAGUUGUGUUAAGUCGGUCAUGGUAUGGUCAGUGACUUAUUUCCUGGAAUCCUCCUCCCAGGGAAAACCGUGGAAGCUCAGAGACAGGAUGGUGAAAAGGGACAUCUAGUGAGUACAAGUUAAGUCACUAAAGAAUAUUUAUGUAUUUUGAGGAUUUUAAAAACCAGUUGCCUUAGAGGUUAGACUUUUGGGGAAAAAAAGCUACGAAUCUUUUCCCCAGGCCCAAGGGAAGUCGCUUUAGUCUGUGACAUCUUGUUACCCUGUUCAUGUUGACUUGACGUUUUAGAUACACUGGUAACUAUGAUACCACACAGUGAAACAGAAUUUUCUGCUACUGAAAACUGCCUUUUUACAAAAAGAUUGUACAUAUUUGUAAAAUAAAAACAACUUGAAGUUCAAAGGGAAAGCUAGAACUGUGUUACAGAUCCUGGAACUGUGUCCAUGAGCACAGGAACCCCUGACGACAGAACGAUCAUUGUAUUCAAUCAAAAGUGAAUAAAUAUUUAUGGCAAACUUACA